AAGGUAUAUCCUUAGUUAACGAGCCUUGGCAUUCGUUAUCUCCAUGUCCGUUCUCCCACUCCCACUCCCACUCCCACUCUGAUAUAUUCUAUCCUUACCCCGCCACCGCCAUGGACGCCUUUCCUGCAGCGCUUUCUGGCUGCUUCGCCUCCCAUCUCCCCCGUUCCGAUGGAAAAGUCUUCGAGCCCAAUCUAGAGGUCAUAAAGCAGCGUCUUCUCCGCAAGGGCAUCGUCGCGACCCCUAAAAUCCUCCACACCCUACGCAAGAAGGAGAUACAGAAAUACCUGCGCCGUACUAAGAAACUAAAUAAGCGAGAAGAAAACCUUCCUCUAACUGAGCCCCAAAUGAGGGCGUUGGAGGAGGACAAGCUCUUCCGCACCGCUACUGCCGAGUACCGCACCGUCAUGGCGGAAGUCGACAGUAAGAGGGAGAUAAGACGGGAACUUGUGGGGAGGCCGUGGAAGAGACUUAGUAGUGUCGAUAUGGUAAAGCUAGGAAGCGAAGCUGAUGGUUUGUUGGAGAAGAAGCUAAAUGUUGAGCGCUUGGAGGAGCUCAGGAACGUGCUCGUAGAGAGGAACGGGGAAAUAUUGAGGUGGUUUAUUGAUGAUGCGGAUGUGGAGAGUUUUGAGGUUGGUGGGGAGGAGAGUCGGGCGAAAGCCAUGAAUCGGAGGCAUUCUAUGGAGCAAAUGAGCGAUGAUGAGAGGAUUCAGUUGUUGGCCCGAAGGCUAAGCAGUACAAAUCUAAGCAUACAAGACUGGAAGUUCUCAAGGUUGAUGAAGCAUUCAGGUCUAUUGUUUAGUGAGAUGUGCAUGCUUGAAAUAAUUGAAAAGCUUGGAGCUCUUAGGAAUUGGAAGCAGGCAUUAUCUAUUGUGAAAUGGGUAUACAAUCAGCAGGAAUACAAAAAUUGCAAAAGCAGGAAAAAAGUAGUUACAACCGUUUAUAUAUAUCUUGGACUUCAGGUGAUGCUGAAAGCAAGAAAGUAUGACCAUGUCCACAAGUUUUUUGAUAAAAUGCAACAAGGCAGGCUGGCUCCUAAGGCAAUAAGUUACAAAGUUCUUGUGAGAACCUUUUGGGAACAGGGUAAACUAGAUGAAGCAGUUGCAGCAGUUCGAGAAAUGGAGCGCAGAGGAGUUAUUGGAACUCCUGGUGUUUAUUACGAAUUAGCCUGCUGCCUUUGUAAUAAUGGGAGGUGGCUUGAUGCUACCAUGGAGGUUGAGAAACUGAAAAAGCUUCCUCAUACAAAACCGUUGGAAGUAACAUUUACUGGUAUGAUCUUAGCUUCACUUGCGGGUGGAUACGUCAAAGAGUGCAUCUCAAUUUAUGACUACAUGAAAGAUCAUUGUACCCCUAAUAUUGGAACCAUAAAUGCAAUGCUGAAGGUCUAUGGCUGCAGUGAUAUGUUUGCAAAAGCAAAGCAGUUAUUUGAAGCCGUUAAGGAUGCAUAUUUGGGCGUUGAAGCCUCAGCUGAGGUUACAGCACUUAAGCCGGAUGCUUAUACGUUCACCUCCAUGCUGGUGGCAUCUGCUUCUGCUUGUCAAUGGGAGUUCUUUGAGCAUGUCUACAAAGAGAUGGCUCUCUAUGGUUGCAUGUUGGAUAUGAGUAAACAUUCAUGGUUGCUCGUUGAAGCAUCUAAAGCUGGAAAGUGGCAUUUAGUAGAGCAUGCCUUCAAUACAUGCUUAGAAUCAGGAGAGAUACCUCACUUGUCGCUCUUCACUGAAAUGUUAUGUCAGACAAUUAUUCAACAAAAUUUUGAGAGAGUCAACCCUCUCCUCAAUGGCAUGGCUCAUGCUUCACUACAAAUUAGUGAAAGCAAGUGGUUAAGUCUCUUACAGAGAAAUGAGGAUCGGUUCGGCUUGGAUGCACUGCAGGGUCUGCUGACCCAUCUUCAUAGCAGCAGUCUUGUGAUGGAGCAACCAAUUCCCGAUUUGUUAAGAUCACUAGAGUCUCUCUGUGAACGAGCAACUCCUAGAACUUCUAUUCUUGCUUCAUCACUGGAUAAUUCAACAGAAUAUUCAACCUUUCACGAGAAAGAAGAGGUUAAAAAUCUUGCUUUUCCUGCCAAACACUGUGAUGUUCAUGUUCACUUGCAGGAAACGUCUAAAUCAGUGGCCUACAGUUUGAGAGUUGGUAAUGAAAAGAGAGAAUGGGAUUCUCUUUUGGAUAUAAGGUCAGAAACACUUGUAACCGAGUCCGUGCUUGAUCAUCUAACUGAUGCUAUUUGUAAUUCAUCCUCAAGAGUACCAUUGGCAGCCGAUAUACUACAGUCAUGGAAGGAUGCAAGACGUGAAAAUGGUUUCAAUGAUACGGACGAAUCUGAAUUUAGAAGGGACACUAUUCACUGAAUUUCAACCAUAUAAAGUGGUUGCAGCUGUAAUUAAGAUACUUUUGCUGAUCACUAAAGAUGAGUUUAGAUUGAAGAAAAGCUCAGGAGCAGGAAUGCAAUUCUCUAGCAUUUGGUAGUUUGCGUGAAGUUGUCCUUUUUGGAAAGUAAGGUACUUUUGCUGAACACUAGUCCAGAUCGAAGUAUGGAUAAAUGAAAUUCUAGAAUUUUGUGGAUUGAUUAAGUGCAUGCCAAUGUUGAUUUGAGGCUUUUAAAGUUUUGUUCCAUGUUCUUGUGCUAACUUUCUUGAUAUUUUAGUAAUAUCUGUAAUGUUAUUAUGUUA